AUGUCAUCUCCACACAACAUCCCUCAAGCUCAGGCUAUGAACAAUGAUGUCAUUUCGAAAUCUUCGCAUGGCCACCGCUUCUUGAUUCCAAGUCCGAUACCUACCCGUCGGUCCAGGACCUUCUCAGCGUCUGAGAGGGCAGAGAAAGGGCCAUUAUUUCAUGGAACAGUGAAGACAUUUUGUCGCCAGAUAGGCCACGGGUUUAUUCAACCGCAGGAUGGAUCGGAAGCCUUAUUUGUACACAUAUCAGACAUUGAUGGUGAAUAUGUUCCAAAAGAGGGUGAUGAGGUGACCUACAAGACAGUUCUGAUUCCUCCCCGAAAUGAGAAGAUCCAAGCUGUGCAUGUGAAGAUCACUCACCUGAAGCCAGGCGUCUCUCACGAGAGAUGGGACUCGCCUGCUCAGUAGAAGCAUCACUGGCUUGUCAAUCAGAAUGGGUUGCAGCGGCCUCUGUUGCCUAAGAGACAUAGUAACCAAAGAAACAAGAAGGAAACCUACUUUCCUAGAAACUGAUUCCCAGUUAACACCUGAUGUUAUUGUGUGGAAUAUGCUAGAGAAGAUGAUGAGGAUGAUUACUUUGUUAGAAAUGUAUUGCACUGAAAAUAGACGUAUGUAUUCAUACUUUUCAGUAAUAAGUCACUUGACUGAAAUAUAUCUGAUACAUUAGUAUUUGAAUCUUUGUAAGCACUUCCUGAAGAAGGAAAAUUUGAAUAUAAUUAAUAACAAAAGGAUUUAGGGCGUUUGGACACAAGAAUUAUUGUUUAUUAUGUAUGUUCAUGAAAUGAAAUCAGUGAUCCUCUGAACAGAUCCUCCAUACCCAGGACUGAGACGAUAAGCUCUGAACACAUUCUGUAUCUUGAUAGUAAGGGCAUUGCAUGGCAGAAUUCCAUACAUAUAGAAAGCAGGAUUCACCCUCAAAAUAACUACAGGGCUAGAAUUUGGUACUAGCCCACCAGUCGUAGCAUGUAUAAUGUUAAAGGUGUCAGUGAUAGUAGAACUUCAGACCUAUACCACAAUUAUGGCUUGUGUUCUUGGCAGUGAAUGCCCACCACAUCAGUAUUUACUUCAGGUCAUUAAGCUCACACAAUGCCAUUUAGAAAGUGGUCAAAUGUAACAUGAGAAAGUGUAAUCCCAAA